AUGUCCGUGUCAGGAAAGAAGGAGUUUGACGUGAAACAGAUCCUCAGGCUCCGCUGGCGAUGGUUCAGCCAUUCAUCCCAAGGUUCUGCCGGUGGUGGAGGGGGUGGCGGCAGCGGUGUGGGAGGCUACAUCCAGCAGGAUGGCCUGGACCACAGAGGGACCCCUGUCCAGGGACGGCUGAAGAGCCACUCAAGAGAACGAGGCUUCGGGGGAUUGAGGAAGACCAACAGCCCUGUUCACAGUGUCAUGCCACCAACGCCUGGGCCAACACAGGUCUACGUCAGGACGGGUCAUCAGUCGUGGCAUCACCUGCCGAACACCAUCCAAGGCCUGCAGGUGAACGAGGAGUCUCCAAAGAGCAUCUCCUCUCCCAGUUCUGCAAGGAAAGAGGAAACGAACUCUGGCCAGAAAGAUGUGAACAGCAGUACAGAGGAACCUGCAGAGGUGGAUGCCAGAGACAGGCCCCUCUGCUGCCUUCGUGGCUCACCUGGGGACAGCUCCAUCCCAUCCUCCACAGCAUGUAUAGCUGUGCUUGAGGGUCCCAUGUAUGCUGUAGGGGGCCAUGAUGGCUGGAGCUACCUGAACACGGUGGAACGCUGGGACCCCCAGGCCAGACAGUGGAACUACGUGGCCAGCAUGUCGACUCCUCGGAGCACCAUGGGAGUCACAGCGCUCAAUGGAAAGCUGUUUGCAGUCGGCGGGCGAGAUGGCAGCUCGUGCCUGAGGUCCAUGGAGUGCUUCGACCCGCACACCAACAAGUGGAGCAUGUGUGCACCCAUGUCCAAGAGGAGAGGAGGCGUUGGCGUGGCAACGUACAACAACUUCUUGUAUGCUGUAGGCGGACAUGACGCUCCGGCUUCCAACCACUGUUCCAGACUCUCCGACUGCGUCGAGAGGUAUGAUCCAAAGACAGACACGUGGACCACGGCUGUACGCAGUGGGCGGAUAUGA